GUUCACUAUGUUCACUGUCAAAUUUAUGAAAUGACAUUUCUGUCAUGCCUUCUCUCUUUCGCCAUUUGUCAAGUUUCCGUUAACUAUGGCUGACACACAAGCUGCCCCUGCUGCUGCUGCCGCCAAGGCACCCAAGGCUAAAGCCACCAAAGCCGUUAAGGCUGCCAAGACCGAAAAGGCUGCUGAUGUUAAAUCCGCUGCCAAAUACAAGCGUCAUGGUCGUUUGUUUGCCAAGGCUGUAUUCACUGGCUACAAACGUGGUUUGAGAAAUCAACACGAAAACCAAGCUAUCUUGAAGAUUGAAGGUGCCCGCAGAAAGGAACACGGUCAAUUCUACAUUGGCAAACGUUGUGUUUAUGUUUACAAAGCUGAAACCAAGAAGUGUGUACCACAACAUCCAGAACGCAAGACCCGCGUCCGUGCUGUUUGGGGUAAAGUAACUCGCUUGCAUGGCAACAGCGGUUGUGUACGUGCUCGUUUCAACAGAAAUUUACCUGGUCACGCUAUGGGUCACCGUAUUCGCAUUAUGUUGUACCCAUCCAGAAUUUAAGUUGUUUUAUAACUUAUUUUUGACCUUAAUGUAAAGAAGAAAAAAACCCAACUUUUUUUAAACUAAUAAAACAACAAAUUUAAAUCCCAUUACGUUUAAAAA